AUGGCUCCCAUUGCCUUGGUGUCUGUGGUACUGCUUGUCUACAGCACAGCAGUCUGUGUCUAUGAGGAGAAUGACCUAGUAGUACUGACUACUGCUAGUCGGCUCAGGGAGGAGAUCAGGAGUGAGCUGAACCAAGCUGGAGACUUUCUGCUGACAAAGAUCUCCCAAUUCUUCAUUCCUGGCUACACUCCCAGUCACCCUGCCUCCUCCUGCAAGGAGAUCCUCCAGCUGGCCCCACAGUCUCCCUCGGCUCUCUACUGGAUCAGUGGAACUGACAACAAACCCUGUCAAAUGUACUGUGACAUGGAGAGGAGCUGCAACGGUGUAGCUGGAGGCUGGAUGAGGGUGGCCUCUAUCAACAUGAACGACACUAAC